CAAAUUUGUACAAGCGCAAUGGCAUUUUUGGGCUUUUUCCGGCCACUUACUAUAUUUAUAUUAAUAAAGUUGGCCCAGGUGAUGGCAAGCUGUGACCUCGACACAAAGUUGGCCAACGGCAAAGUUACUGAAACAGCCAGUUGGUUCGGGGGCGACAACAUCGAGUUCGAGUGCACUCGGGGAUAUAGCUUGCAGGGCAAAAGGUGGCACCUCGGCAGCGGAAAAAUUCUGAAGAGAUACUGCGCCAAGGCGGGAUGCGAAGACUUUGAAAAACCGGAGAACGGAGUGAUAUCCACCGCCCCAGGAGGCUUGAAGGCGGUCAUCACUUGCGAUGCGAAUUUUGCGCUCAGCGGAAAUCCCCUGACAUACUGCAACGGAUCGCAGUGGCUCCUUCCGUUGGGAACCUGCCAGGCGCAAGAUCUUGCGGGUGACUAUUCCUGCGACUUCGAGAGGGAGGACCUGUGCGGCUGGAAGGCCAGCAAAGCCAUACCACAGCCAUGGCAGCGGAUCAGGGCUGCAGCCGAUUUGCAAAAGAAGAACUGCCUCCGCCAGGAUCACACCUUCCAGAGCGACGUCCAAGGACACUUCAUCCGCCUGCAAUCGCAGGUGCAUGCCUUCAGGACCUACCACUUCAUGUCGCCGAUCCUCCCCAGGAACCUCACUGCGGGCAACUCCUUACGCUUUCAGUUCCAACUAUUUAUGUUCGGGACGGGAGUGAAGAGCCUGACGGUCUCCGUGAAGCCAGGUUCAAUGCCAGCCGAAGAUAUGUGGAAGACUUUCAGGGGGAACUCCACCAAACUCGUUGUGUCCGGCAAUCAGGGUGCGCGGUGGCAAAGCCAUUCAGUCCACAUCGAUGAGAUGGAUACCGAUUUCCAGGUGGUCUUCACUUUCGCGGAUCCCAGUUCUCUAAACGGGAGCAUUGGCAUCGACGAUGUGGACUUUAUCAACGGAAGACUUUGAUUCUUUAGUAUCCAUAUGGUAUCAGUUUAAGACAGACACUUGGAUGACUGCCUUAAAAAAAUGGCUUAAUAUUCGUAGAUUUCUUUUUUUAAUUUGAGGGAACAAAACUUUUUGGUGACGAAUAAAACAAAAGUUUGCCACGGAUAAACAAAAUAUAUUUAUGUACAUUGCUCAUUGCCCUAAUCUGCCAAUCUGCACUUCCGGCAGCGAACUUGUUUCAAAAGUUAUACUCAUAGAAUUCAAAAAACCUCACGUCAGUCCUUAUUUAACUUUUAAAUAACGUACAAUCCGCCAUGGUUCUCGCAGCUUAUUCAUUUUUCUGGGCUCUGGCUGCGUUUUUUAUUAAUCACUUUGGAAAAACAAGCCAAUACUGUUUAGAACCCGUAACUUUGGUAAAUGGAACGAUGGUGAUAGCUAAAGGUUCCCCGGCAUUCGAGUGCAAAGACGGAUACACCCUUUUAGGAAGGAAAUUUUCAUCUGACGAUUGCC